AUGGAUCCGGAAAGGGGACCAGGCAAUGCUCCAGGCGUGCCCAAGAGCGACCGCGGUCUCAAAAUUGCAAUUAUCGCUGUGACCUUGAGCAGCAAGAUUGCGCACAUCGCCACCGAUAUCUUGACCCUUCCAUACAACCGCUUUUAUCAGCAAAACACCCUGCUACCGAUAUUGGCCAUCGCCAAAGCUGUCGAAGAUCGCGAAUCCGAUGAGGAAAUUUCAGCACAACUCAAGCGAUGGCGAGAUAGAAAGUUGAGCGAAUUUCAACUCGUACAGGUUGCUAGCACCUUGAUCUCAGCCGCCGUCAUCGGUUGCUUUUCAUGGCCGCCUCCCGACUCAUUGCACUGGCUCAGUCCAGCCUUUUGGCACGCGAGCAUCUCCUUCUCCCUCUUCUCCAUCCUCCUCGCUGCUUCGGAGCAGUUCAUCUUUCAGACUCUUCAUCGAUCCCCGACGCCGCGCAACGUUGACAAAGACCUCGCCAUGAUCCUUUAUAUACGUCGCAGCAGGGCCGUCGAGCCCAUGCACUCGCCACUCGAAGAGGUGCCUCCCAUCCCGCAGAUCCGUGCCAUCAAGAUCAAGAAGAAGGGAGGGUGGAUCCCAAAAGAGAUGCCAUUUGUAGAGGUUCGGUGGAACAUGAUCUUCACAUGGCAGGCGCCCAUGAUGUUGAUGGCGUACUCGGCCAUUUGCUUCCUCGGCGGGUUGACAGUAUACGUUUGCGCGCCGUUGUAUGACGGCCAGGGAUGGGUUGGAGCAAGCAAGGUUUGA